AUGCUCGAGUUUUAUACAAACAUUAACCCAGGAUUGAUGCCGGAGAUGCAGCCGCCGCUGUCCUGCGCCGGAAGAACAGAGCUCAGCGCAAGCAUCAAGAGGGAGAAGAUAGUGGAGAUAUGCGAGGGCUGCGGACAGAAGAUACAGGACCGGUACCUCAUGAGGGUGGGGGAACUCUCCUGGCACGAGCACUGCCUCAGCUGCUGCGUCUGUGGCUGCCCCCUCGCUCACACCUGCUACACAAGAAACGCCAAAUUAUACUGCAAGCCUGAUUAUGAUAGGUUAUUUGGAGUCAAAUGCACGAGAUGCGGCGACCGGCUGCUGCCUCAAGAGAUGGUCAUGCGAGCCCAGCAGUACGUCUUUCACAUCCAGUGCUUCGUCUGCGUCAUGUGCUGCCAGCCGCUGCAGAAAGGCGAGCAGUACGUCAUCAGAGCCGGGCAAAUAUUCUGCAGGCAAGAUUUCGAGAAGGAGAUGUAUCUUAUGCAGCACGCGGACGACGACAUGAUUAUUGAUGAUUCUGAAAGACCCAGGGAUGGGCGACGCGGACCGAAGCGUCCCCGGACCAUCUUGACUUCGGCUCAAAGAAGACAAUUCAAAGCUUCCUUCGAAGUCAGUCCGAAACCAUGCCGUAAAGUCAGGGAAGCCCUCGCUAAGGAUACGGGUUUAAGCGUCAGAGUAGUGCAAGUUUGGUUUCAAAACCAACGGGCUAAGAUGAAAAAGAUUCAGCGGAAGGCGAAGCAGGAGGGAGAUAAAAAUGGUGAUAAGGAUAAAGACAAGGACGAGAAGAGUAUCAAGCAGGAGUCUCCGUCUAGUGAACAUGGGAAUUACCUGGGGCUGGAUGCCUCGUAUUCAGCUUCGAGUCAACCACUUAACCCGAAUUUACCUUACUCUCCUGAUGAUUACCCAGCGCAUUCCGGCGAUAGCUUCUGCAGCUCAGACAUUUCUCUCGACGGCAGCAACUUCGACCAGCUCGACGAAGGAACUUCCGACACCAUGAGCCUUCAGAACCUGGAGGUGCCACAUCAUCCCCACCAGCAUACACCCCACGGUUCCCACGAACCGCUAAACCUGGGAACCGGGGCUGUAGUCAACCCCAUAGACAAACUCUACCUCAUGCAGAAUUCCUACUUCAGUACGGACCACUGAUUCAACGUUAGUCGCACUGCCCACAAAGACAGCAUGCGACAGUUUUACCCUAAGGACUUAUCAGUGAAGCCCACUUCUACUAAGACCAGUCAAUCUCAUCUACAGUCGGUGUCAGAAGUUAAUACGAGGAUGUUGCUGUACGGAGAAUAUUCCACUCUGUAGAUAAACGGGUGUUAGGGUGCGUUCAGAAUGCCUCGCUCGGUUUCGGUGUUGGUGACCCUUAGAUAAUUAUUU